GCAAGUGAGCCGAGCAUUGGGAGUCAGGCCUUCGGCCCACCUCAAGUCGCGAGUAAAGAGCCGAAGCCUCACGACUCGACUCUCAUCUGGACUUGUAGUGAGGAAGCGAACGUUAGAAGAGUGAGUAGGCGCAUAAGAGGAGGGAGGGACCCGGAAUGUUGCUGCACCCGCAGGCGCCUCGAGCUCCGUUGAAGAUCAGGGUGGAGAGUAGAAUGUGCGACUGUUCACGGCACAAGAAGUAGUGGAGGAAGGAGGGAAGGCCUUGAGAAUUUGCCGUGUUGGAGCAAGGGUGAGAUGGAGUGGUUUGCGGGACUACAGUGAUCGAUAUAUGAACAAGAGAGAGCGAGCGUCGUGCGGGAGAGAGCAGCGAGCAGUGCGGGUUGUUGAUCUUGUAGUUGACUUCAGGGAAUAUUGCAACAGGGACGGGCCAGCGGGCAAGCCUUCAGGCAAGCGCAGCGUGCUUGUUGUGAGGGGAGAAAUCCUCUGUGCAUUUUCCGCAGUUUGAUGAGGGAAGAGGACUCGUGCUCAGCUCAAGCUCCUCUGUCAAAUCGGCCAGCUAUGGAAGGGUUGUGAUUCUGAUAAUGUGAUCACGUGUUGAUUGCACAGCUCAUUCUCGUGCUCCUCCGGGAUGUCCACGGAGCUGGAGGGGAUGAGUGUUCCAGGAUGAAUAGGUGGUGAAUGAAGGCAAUACGGUUGUGGCUGUGCAGAAAAGAUCACGUCGGCAAUUCUGCUCAGCCUGCGAAGCUGCGGAAAGUAAGGCGCCUGUCUCUUCUUUGCAUUGUCUGGCAGGAGCUCGAUUCUACUGCAUUCUCAUCACUCGGGGCGAUUUCGCUUGGGUGGUACUGGCGCGACAAGUUCCUGCACUCUGAUGUUGAAGAGGCGCAAGUUCGCUCACCCGGGUGGAACUGACGGUAAAGCUAUGUUGCUCGAGCCACUGGACCAGCGACCAAGUGACACUUACUAUCACGACGAGUGCCCGAUCUUUUCAAAUUUAGCCAACAUGCCUGAGAGGAGGCACGGCAGGAAGGGAAGAUUCGGAACGCGACUCAUGAGAUGUCGCCUUGUCUUGCCGCGAGUGCGAAUUCGAAUCAUCUCACCUGUGCGUCUUUUCGAUAAGAUGCGUGACUCUUAUAUGCGACUGGUGCUUUCUCACAAGAAGCCGGACCCUGCAGCCGUGACCCCUUUGUACCAAUACCAAGGAGUUUCGUAUUCGUCCGACGCCAUUGCGGAGUGCAUCGAAUUUAUCAAGAAGUCUGCUGCUUCCGACACGCGACUGCUUUGAGCCAUAGUGCUUCUGCUUAUGUCUUCUUGUCUUCGUAAAUCACAAACCUCACAUUGCGGUAGACACAGCAUGCGCUUCUGAUCCGUACAAUGGAACGCUUGUCUUUCGCCAUCAUCAGGUUACUUCCCAACUGUACGGCGCGUAGUCCCAUCAAGAAUUUAUCGAGUACAUCUACAACUUUACGAGAUGCGGUUUUGCUUCGGGUUGAUCAGUUCUGACGACAGUGGAUCGGUUGUCGCAUCCGUUGCCGCCAAGGUGCCAAGGCGUUUCCAGCAACCUGUGUCAAGUAUCCGAAUUUUGAUAUUCGAGCUUGAGGUGCCGCGCGGCGGAUUAGCUGCCUGGUUCCUCCAAGGUUUUUGACACGGAACAAAUUUCUCCGCGACGAACAAUUUUCUCUACCGUACUUGAUACUCAGCCCUCACGAAAAUGCUGAAGGAAGCGGAGCCUUCGUCAUGCAUCCGUUCUCUAAUAUUGGUUCUAGAACAUACUUUGAUAGCACAGAAAACUACGCUAUCUACAGAGUUCCGUUUUGGGGACUCCAGCACAUACAUGUGGAUAUAUCUUGGUAGAACUUUGUGCUGUGGAAAUAUUUUGACAGCUGCGUAGUGUCUGUAAGGAAUCGAGUUUCUGAUUUUCCCUUUGUGCUGGUGUCAAUCGUCACAAUGUAGGACUGUAAUUUAGUUAAAGUCGGAAAUAUUCUGACACCGAGAGGCAGCUUCUCAAGUGGUCGCUGUACCAACACCUGUACAUUCUUAUUAUGAAUUGAGUCGCACUUGGUAAUUCAUGUAUU